AUGAAUCCAGGCAGCAGCCAGGUAGAGGUUGUUUGGAGGGACAUGACUGUUGAGUCUGCAGAUGGGCAGUCCGAGCAAAGCGUCAUAGUGAACAGGGUGCAUGGUAAAAUUGCGCCAUACACAAUGGUUGCUCUUAUUGGGCCGAGCGGAGCAGGAAAAACAACGAUGCUGAAUUCAAUCACAGGUAAGUCAAGAGAAGGGCUGAGAGUGUCUGGAGAGCUGUUACUCAACGGCAACUUUGUUGAUCCUAGAGUGUGGGAGCAUGCUGUUGGGUUUGUUGGCGAGCAUCUGUAUGAAUAUGAAACACAGACGGUCAAGGAGACGUUGAGUUUUGCAACCACGAUGAUGCGUGGAGGCACAUGCGAUGAGAUUGAUGCGGGCGUUUAUGAGUUGGCACAGACUCUUGGCCUUAUAAAGACACUGGACACACGCAUUGGAUUGAUAUCAACGGGGGAAAAGGCAAGGCUGUCGUUGGGCAUAGCGCUUAUCAAGAGGCCGGCGAUACUUAUCAUAGACGAGAUCAUGAACGAUCUUGACCAGUCCACAGCCGUCCAUAUUCUGGAAAUACUGCAUGAAAUAAAGCAGCAAGGAAAGGGGAUUAUGAUUGCAUUCCAGAAGGUUCCGUGUGAUGUUCUUGAGUUUUUUGAUAGCAUUAUGAUGAUUUGCCAGGGAGAAAUUGUGUUCAGCGGAGGUGUAAAUGAGUGCCUGAGGUUCUUUGCAUCGCGAGGAUACCGUCCUGGGGAGUUGCAGAAUGUUUCUGAGUUUCUGGGUAGUGUUCUUACGGUGAAUGUAUCGGAUGUGGUGUCUGAGGAAUCUGAGCAGCAAAGAAUCGAGGCAAUGAAGAGAUGCUGGAAGCAGGUAGAGCCUCCUGUUGUGUCGUCGAUUAUAGCACAGAUUGAUUGCCCGGUUGUGUUUGACAGGACGCUGCAGAAGUUCAUGAUGAUAUUCCGACGGAACAUACUUGACUUUUUCAGAAAGACGGAGUUUUUGAAGAUUGUUGGCGUCCAGAAGAUGACCACACUGGUGAUGCUUGUCUUUGUGUACUUCCGACUUGAUUACACACAGAACGGCAUAAGAGACAGGUUUGGCAUUUUGUCGUUUAUUGUGAUCAACUGCUUUGAAAAGACGGUUACUGUGUCGAUCAUGGUGUUUGAGGCGCAUAGAAAGGUGAUUAAGAGGGAGAUAUGUACGGGUAUGUAUGGAACAACGGUAUCCUACUUUGCAAUGCUUGUGUCGAGCUUUACGACAUCUGGGCUCUCGAACCUUGCAUACACAGCUGUGGUUUACUGGAUGGUUGGCCUGAACCCAAGGUUUGACAGGUUUGUGUUUUUUCUUGUGAUUCUAAUUGCAGCGCUGGUGUUUUCGAUAUCGUUUGCAAUGCUUGUCGCACUGAACACCAAGACGCAUGUGCAAGCACAGAUACUGGGCUCAACAAUCAUCACGUCGUUUGUGAUUUUUGGCGGGACAUUUGUGAAUCCGGACACGAUUCCUGGGUUUAUACGGUGGGCAAUAUGGCUAUCUCCAAUAUACUAUGCGUUUGAGGCGAUGCUGCAGAACCAGUUCAAGGGAAUGCUGUUUGAGUGCGACCUUUCCGGAAGGGAAUGCAUGCCUGAUGGAGAUCAGGCGCUGCAGUUCUAUGGGUUCAAGAGGAUUGGUACGGGGCUGUCCACAGGCAUUCUGUUUCUAUCCACCGCUGUGUGUGUUCUUCUUGGCGUUGCAUCGAUGAGGACUGUGAUCAAGCCGAGGAUUGGGGAGAAGGACUUUGAAAACAGAUCUGAGAUGGCAGGAAGGAUUUAG